AAAAUGAAAGUACCCAAGCAGGAGUUAAUGAGUGACAUUUUGAAGCGACUGACGGGUGAAUCUGCCCUGCCGGCGUACAGCAACAUUGAGAAAUUCAAACGAGUCAACGACGGCUUCUAUGUAGUUGCUGAGGACUUUAACGAAAGUGUGAGGAAAAGAGAACAAGUCAAUGCCAAGGAGCGGCUUCGGAUACGGAACCUUAACACAAUGUUCUCGCGCUUGAAGCGAAUGGUACCUCUGAUGCGACCAGACCGCAAGCCCAGUAAAGUAGACACACUUAAAGCUGCAACAGAGUACAUUCGAUUACUACUUGCAGUUUUGCAAGACACGGACACUACUGAGGGCAGUGAGACAGACUUCCUGAAGAAUGCUAUUGCCUAUGGUCAGACUGAAGCCUUUGACAGUGAUCUUUGGAGAGUGGAUGACUUUCUGAAUAUGUCGGAGGACCACACUGAAGAUGGCUUCACCUUACCCUCUGAAUCAGGAACAGAAGAUGGAGAUAUGACCAGACUGGUUUUACAACAUUGUGCGAUGCCGGCAUACCAGUUCAUCAUUCAAGUAAUGCCUGACCAAUCUUCGGGGUCGUUACUAUGA